ACAGUGGCACAGAGAACUCAAUGCUGAAGAGAGGAGAGGGGCCAGGGAGGUGUGGACCAGUGGAUUAGCUGGAAGACUGUGAAGCAGAGGCGCCCAGGGCUAUGGCUGACACUAUCACGUAUGCAGACCUGCGCUUUGUGAAAGUGCCCCUGAAGAACAGCGCAUCUAACCAUCUAGGACAGGACUGUGAGGCCUAUGAAGAUGGGGAACUCACCUAUGAGAAUGUGCAAGUGUCUCCAGUCCCAGGAGGGUCACCAGGCUUGGCUUCCCCUGUACUAGCGGACAAAGCAGGAGUCGGGUUAGAGCAACCAACUGCGACCUGGAGCUCUGUGAAGUCGUCUGCUCUCGGGCAGAUUCCCCGCUGUCCUACAGUCUGCUUGCAAUACUUCUUGCUUGGCCUUCUCGUGUCCUGUCUGAUGUUAGGGGUGGCUGUCAUCUGCCUGGGAGUUCGCUAUCUGCAGGUGUCUCGGCAGUUCCAGGAGGGGACCAGGAUUUGGGAAGCCACCAAUAGCAGCCUGCAGCAGCAGCUCAGGGAGAAGAUAAGUCAGCUGGGGCAGAAGGAGGUGGAGCUUCAGAAGGCUCAGAGAGAGCUGAUCUCGAGCCAGGACACAUUACAGGAGAAGCAGAGGACUCACGAGGACGCUGAGCAGCAACUACAAGCCUGCCAGGCUGAGAGAGCAAAGAUGAAGGAGAACUUGAGAAACGAGGAGGAGCGGAGGAAGGACCUGGACCAGAGGUUGACAAGCACUCGGGAGACACUGAGGCGCUUCUUCUCUGAUUCAUCAGACACCUGCUGUCCAUGCGGAUGGGUUCAAUAUCAGGAAAGGUGUUUUUACAUCUCACAUACCCUCAGAAGUCUGGAGGAGAGCCGAAACUACUGCACAUCUCUGUCCUCCAAACUGGCAGCAUUCGAUGAACCUUCUAAGUAUUACUAUGAAUACCUCUCUGAUGCCCCCCAGGUUUCUCUGCCCAGCGGCUUAGAGGAGUUGCUAGAUCGUUCGAAAUCAUAUUGGAUACAGAUGAGCAAGAAGUGGAGGUAUGGCUCUGACUCUCAAAGCCUAUAUUGUGACAAGAUACAAAAAUAUUACCAGAAGUGGAAAAGAACAUUUUCCGAGUGUGCAGAGCCUCACCCCUGCAUUUGUGAGUCGGAGGCUUUCAGGUUUCCUGAUGGGAUCCAUCUGAACUGAAACGGACACUUGAACAAGACCUUGUGACCUACAUCCUUAACCUACGGCCUGCCAAUUUUUAAGACUGCUAAUUCCUCCAGCACUCCCUCACUCUUGGGCAUGCCCAGCUAAGGGCUGAUUCUGAUCUGGCGACCUGCUGCUUGCUUGAAAGCUGCUCCAGAAACUGGACUACUCUUGGGAAGAGUAAAGAAGCCUCCAGAAAAGACCUGACCUUCCUUAAGAACUUCCCAAACUAGAGAUGGGUCAGGGGAGGGCGCUCCGCUGAGUGGAUGGAUGGCCCGGAGCCAGCCAGGCAGUUUUAUUGAAAUAUUUUUAAAUACUUUGCACGUGUUA